AUGCCUCACGCCGACUCCUCCUACUUUGCGCCCGGCUCAUCUAAAGCCGAUGUCUACGAGAUGCUUCUCAUGCAAACACAAGGCCUACUAGACGGCCAGAGGAAUUGGGUUAGCAACCUCUCAAACGUCGCAUCUCUACUGUGGCACGCCUAUGCCUCCCUCCCCGCCCCCUCCUCCUCCGUCAACUGGGCUGGCUUUUACAUCCGCGAUGACAAAUUCCCCACUCUCGCCUCACCCAUCUCCUCACCACCACUGUCCGGUGUGCCAGGCACAAGCGGCGUGACCAUCUCAACCACAUACACAUCAUCGGAGGACCAGCUCCUCCUGCUGGGUCCCUUCCACGGCAAGCCCGCCUGCCAAGAGAUUCGUUUCGGAAAGGGUGUCUGCGGCACCGCCGCUGCGAAGCGCGAGACCGUGGUGGUGCCCGACGUACUGGAAUUCCCAGGCCACAUCGCAUGCGAUGCAGAGAGUCGCAGUGAGAUCGUUGUGCCUAUCCUGGUGAACGGCGAGGUUGUUGCCAUUAUCGACAUCGACUGCACCGAUCCCUCAGGCUUCGACGAUGAAGAUAAGAAAUACCUUGAGAAAUUGGCCGCUUUCUUGGCCGAUAGUUGCGAUUGGUGA